AUGGCGGCGUUCUGCGUGCCCCCGCCUCGCCCGUGUGACACCCCUGACCGGCAGUUGGAUCGGGACGGCCCCAUCGUCCUCAACGCCCUCUUGGUGGUUGCGGAGCGUUACAGCGCUCUCAAGAGGGCGCGGUUCGGGUCAGACACCAGCGCCGAGGCACUGAGGGGCAUGUGCGUGCUGCUGUGCUUGGCGGGGGCUGCCGAGGAGAAAGAUUGGGACAAAAUCGUCGAAGAAGGGGUGCCGGGAGCGUGUGAUCUUGAUUGCGGUGUGCAAGCCGGCGUGUGGGUGCUCCAGCGGGACGGAACCAUGUUCUUCGUUCGUGAGGAGUCCCUUGCUCCGCUUCUCGAGCUGCCCCAGAGAUCGUCUCAGUACCAGGGCUUGACGUACCUGGACGUAGACAACGCCAUCCCUGUUCCGGAAACUGUACCUUCGGGGUCUCCGACUGGUGCAACGAGCGCGCUAGAGUUUCUGGCCGAAGCAGCGGCAACAGCGCGCAGUUCCCCGCCGGAACCAGUACAGCGAUCGUCCGCGAUAGAGCCGCGCUCACGCGUCCGCAGCGGUGACCUCCGUCCCGACCACGCUGCUGCUUCUCCUGCUUCCGCUGGUACUGCUGCCGCUGUUACUUCUGCCCUUGCGGAUCUGACGGAGUUGGACGAAAGGGCGAAGGAUGAGGCGUGUACCCCGGCAGGGGCGGCGCAAGCACUGGCGAGGGUGGCGUGCCGUCUUUACGAGCUGGCGGACACUCUCGGAGGGCUCAGUGAUGUGGUGGGUACGACUUUCACGUGA